AUGAAUACCCGGCAGGUUAUUGAUGAAUCCGUGGGACCCGUUUCACUCUCGACUGCCUUCAAUAAUGAUAACAGCUGCUUCUCUGUUGGCUUGGAUACGGGUUUCUGUGUCUUCACUGCCGAUCCAUGCGAACUCAAGGUGUCAAGAGAUUUCAACGCUGGUAUUGGGGUAGUGGAAAUGAUGGGCCAGUAUAACUUCCUUGCCAUUGUCGGAGGAGGGAAGCAGCCCAAAUUUCCUCAGAAUAAGCUGGUUAUCUGGGACGACGUAAAGCAGAAAGGGGUCAUUAACCUCGAAUUCCGCACCUCGGUCCUAGGCGUGCGUCUAUCAAAGUCACGCAUUGUCGUCGCAUUACUCAACAGCAUCCAUAUCUUCGCCUUCUCCAACCCUCCGAGCAAGCUUUCGGUUUUUGAGACAUCAGAUAAUCCAAUGGGGCUGGCUUGUCUGGGGCAGAAGUUGCUUGCCUUCCCGGGUCGGUCUCCGGGGCAAGUCCAACUGGUGGAAAUCGAGACAGGAAAUGUCAGUAUUAUUCCGGCACACAGUACACCCCUGCGAGCUAUGGCGUUGAGUCCGGACGGCGAAGUGCUGGCAACAGCAAGUGAAGCGGUAAGUAGAUAUGACAACCCGGCAUACUUUUACAUGGGAUCGGUCGGUUUAAUGUUAUGGCAUUCCCAGGGUACGUUGAUCCGAGUAUUCUCUACAAGCAACUGCACCAAGAUGGCCGAAUUACGACGAGGAGUGGACCACGCAGUGAUCUUCUCACUGGCCAUCUCUCCUUCCAACAACAUGCUAGCCGUUACAUCGGACAAGUCAACACUUCAUGUCUUCGAUCUUCCUAAUCCACGCAACCCAUUAUACCGUAGCCAGUCGCCCUCGUCGCAGUCUGAAGAAGGGACCAGUCAGAAAUGGGGUAUCCUCGGCAAAAUACCCCUGCUUCCCAGAGUAUUCUCAGACGUAUACUCAUUUGCAAGUGCACACUUUGAAAUUGGUGACGAAGGAACGCUGAGUUACAUUCCACCUCUUGGGACCUCGUUUGUGCGACCUCAAAAAGGUGUCAUAGGCUGGUCCGACGACCAAACAAUCUUGAUUAUUGGCGCAGGCCGUGAUGGACGAUGGGAAAGAUUCAUCAUUCGUGAAGGAGAUGACGGGAAACGAUAUUGUAUAAGAGAAGGUUGGAAGAGAUAUUUAGGUGGUUAA